AUGGUGAGAAUUAAAGUCAACGAAGGGGUGUUGGAGGGAAGUAAAGUGGAUAAUGUUUACGGGAAGCCCUAUUUUAGUUUCAAAGGUGUUCCGUACGCUGAGCCCCCUGUUGGCGAUUUGAGAUUUAAGGUAAGGAACCCCACGCCCGAUGAUAGUUUAGGGGCACGAUGGCUCCCGUAUACAGCUGAACAAAAGCAUUAUUUGGACAUUGGAGAGGAACUCACUCCCGGGACAUCUCCGGAUGAAGAGCAGAUGAAGUUCUGGGAAGAUAUGUAUAGAGAGUAUUGCCCACAAAAAUUGUGUACGAUAACAUGUUUUAAAGCAAUAAUGGUUAGAAUUAAAGUGAGCGAAGGGGUGUUGGAGGGAAGUAAAGUGGAUAAUGUUUACGGCAAGCCCUAUUUUAGUUUCAAAGGUAUUCCGUACGCUGAGCCGCCUGUUGGCGAUUUGAGAUUUAAGGCGCCUAAACCUAGAACCCCAUGGAUUGGAGUUCGUGAAGCAAAAGAGCACGGACCUGAAAGUUGUCAAUAUAAUAUUUUGUUACCACAAUCUACGGAAUGCAAAGGUGAUGAAGAUUGCCUAUAUCUAAACGUAUAUACUCCUAACAUUGAACCAGAGAAUCCACUCCCCGUCAUGGUGUACAUUCACGGUGGUGGAUUUGUUUGCGGCAGAGGAAAUUCCGAACAAUAUGGUCCUGAAUUUCUGAUAAAGCAUAAUGUCAUCCUGGUGACGAUAAAUUAUCGUCUAGGUAUACUUGGAUUCCUAUGUCUUGAUACCGAAGAUAUUCCUGGGAACGCGGGAAUGAAAGACCAAGUUGCUGCACUCAGGUGGGUUCAGAAUAACAUUAGCAACUUUGGAGGCGAUCCUGAUAACGUAACUAUUUUCGGCGAAAGUGCUGGAGCCGCCAGUGUAUCUGCACACUUAGUUUCACCGAUGACUAAAGGACUUUUCAAAAGAGCCAUCAUGCAAAGUGGAACAUCUCUUUGUCCAUGGGUACAAACAUAUGGAGCACGUGAUAGGGCUAUCCUACUUGCUAGAGAAUUAGGAUGUGAAUGCAAGGAUGACAAGGAGAUAUAUGAAUUUUUCAAAAACCAACCAGCCCAAAACCUGGUGAAUAAAAGAGUUCAAAUAACGUUCACAGAAAGUGCUAAAUUAUUCCCACAUGUUUGCUUUGGUAUAGUUUCGAACCCCACGCCUGAUGAUAGUUUAGGGGCACGAUGGCUCCCGUAUACGGCUGAACAAAAGCAUUAUUUGGACAUUGGAAAGGAACUCACUCCCGGUACAUCUCCGGAUGAAGAGCAGAUGAAGUUCUGGGAAGAGAUGUAUAGAGAGUAUUGCCCGCAAAAAUUGUGGUAA